UCUCCGGCUUUCUCCCUCGCUCUCACCUUCCUUUGCUCUCCUCAAGCUCGCGCGCGUCCAUGGCGUUCGCCGCACCGGUGGGGGCGGGAGGCGGCAUCCUCUCCCUCGCGCUCUCCGCCUCUUCAAGCUCCAGCUCGGCAUCCUUCCUCCUCCUCCGCUCCGGCGCCGACUCCCGGUCCCGGCAGCGCGGGAGGCUCCGCCGCUUCGCCGCCCCACAGAGAGGUGGCGCCAGGGGAGAGAGCGGGAGAAGAUGGAGUUCCCACAUAUCUCGCUGCGCCAAUGACGCCAAUGUGGUGACCGGGGACGAUACAGCAAAUGUUGCUACUGAUGUUGAAGUGGACCAAGUUGCCGAUGCUGAAGGUGAUACCACCGAUGCGCCCGAUUCCUUGAACCCUGACGAUGUUGCUUCGGUUGCCUGGAUAAAGCAGCAACCUCUCCCUUAUCCCACGGAUGCUCUGGAACCAUACAUAAGCAAGGAGACAGUGGAGCAACACUGGGGUGUUCAUCAGCACAAGCACGUGGAGAGGCUCAACGGCAUGAUCGAUGGCAGCGAGUGGCAGGGGAUGUCACUUGGGAAGAUGAUGCUCUCCUCAUUCAACGAGGGCAGGGAGCCACCCCAGGCUCCCUUCUUCCAUGCCGCACAGAUAUGGAACCAUGAUUUCUAUUGGCGAUCAAUGAAACCUGGCGGUGGGGGCAAGCCCCCGGAACGACUUCUCAAGUUCAUCAGCAGGGACUUUGGAUCCUAUGACGGCAUGAUCCAACAAUUCAUGGAUGCUGCAUUAACUCAAUUUGGUUCUGGAUGGGUUUGGCUUUCUUACAAAGGGAGCAAGUUGCCUCAUGUGAAUUCAAAAAGCCCAAUCCCAUCUGACAAUGUUGGUAGGCUGGUCAUCUCAAAAACUCCAAAUGCUGUUAAUCCUCUUGUCUGGGGUCACUCUCCGCUCCUUGCAAUCGAUGUUUGGGAGCACGCGUACUACCUGGAUUACGAGAACCGAAGGGCUGAGUACGUCUCCGCAAUUCUAGAGAAGCUUGUGUCAUGGGAAAUGGUGGAGUCCAGGCUCAGGAAAGCCGUCGUGAGAGCAAUAGAAAGAGAUGGCCACCCCAACAUGAAGCAGCGAAGGAAGCAACUUGUAUCCCAGGCGAAAACCCGUCACGGAGAUGCAAGCACCAGCGGUCAGGCAAGAAGGCGACCAAGAAGUCAGGAUCAGCAGCACGCCUCAGGGAGCCUGUCAAUGGCAGGUGAGGCGGUGCGGAAUUGAGGCGCGGGGUUUGGCAACCUGUAGCAUAGCCAGGCAGCUAGAGCAGCCGAUCCCGCUGAAACACGCUAGACGUCAGUCUCUGAAGAUCAUGUGCGCCAUACUGCAGGUGGUGCCCGCCGUUCAGGUGGCGCCCGCCGUUUAUCGAACAGGAUUGUAGUCUGUACCACCUGAGCAACAAACAGCAAUGCUGGGCGGGGUAAAUUUUGGUAAGUAGCCUCAGGUUUGUAGAGGGAUAGGCUAGGCGGUAUGCACUUGAGAACUUGGUUGAAGAGGAGACACCAUUGGUUUUUGAAUGAUAAAUUCCAGCAAUUUCUGGUGCCCCUUUCUUUC